AUGGCCACCAUUACCACACCCGUCACCGAGCUUUUUGGAAUUAAGCACCCCGUAUUACUUGCGGGUAUGAACGUUGCAGCGGGGCCUGAGUUGGCCGCGGCCGUUACAAAUGCCGGUGGGUUGGGCGUCAUCGGCGGCCAUGGCUAUACGCCGAAAGUGCUUAGACAACAGAUACGAGCGGUUAAACAAGAUUUGAAGGUCCCGAGCGCUCCAUUCGGAGUCGAUCUCCUUAUACCUCAAGUGGGUGGUAACGCUCGAAAGACCAACUACGACUACCAGAAGGGACAGCUCAACGAAUUACUCGACGUAAUCAUCGAGGAGAAGACGUCGUUGUUUGUUUGCGCUGUCGGUGUACCCCCACAGCAUGCGGUCGAGAGAUUGCACAAGGCAGGGAUCCCAGUCAUGAAUAUGGUUGGACACCCAAAGCACGUCGCGAAGGCCCUUGCUGUAGGGGUAGAUCUGAUUUGCGCACAAGCUGGAGAAGGAGGUGGCCACACAGGUGACAUCCCUGCGUCGAUUCUCAUACCCGCCUGCGUGGACGCUGUGAAGGGGCACACUUCGCCACUCACUGGCAAACCUGUCUACGUUAUUGGAGCUGGUGCUGUGUAUGAUGGCCGAGGUCUUGCAGCGAAUUUGGCAUGGGGUGCACAGGCAGUGUGGGUAGGAACACGCUUCGUCGCUUCGAAGGAGGCAGGUGCACCGAAAGCCCACAAAGACGCAUUGUUAAGCGCGGGCUACGAGGAUGCCAUCACCACCCUCAUUUACACAGGACGUCCCCUACGUGUCCGCAGGACCCCGUAUAUCGAAGACUGGAAUAACAAUAGACAGAAAGAGAUCCAGGAGUUAACGUCGAGGGGGAUUUUACCAUGGGAACACGACGUUCAGCAGCAUCCAGAGAAGUCGAUGGAGACUCGGCCGUGGCUGAUUGGGCGAGUUGCAGCACUGAUCAAUGAUGUCCCUCCGGCUGAACAGAUCGUGAACGAUAUGGUGUCCGAUGCUGCCAAGAUUCUAUUGCAUGGCGCAUCUCUUGUAACUGUUAAAGCAAAGCUAUAAUUAAGGGCUUUCCGAUACUGCAACUCGCCAUGGAGGUAUAUUCCAAAGGCAGACUCUUUAUCAUAGGUAUUCUAUGUUCAACAAAGUUGUGUCUGGGACGUGCCCAAGUGUAUUUAUCACUGCAACGGCUCAGUAGACUCGACAUUUUCUUUACCAUUGCUUCCAUCGUCAGAGACUGAAUGUGUUCAUGAAUGGAAUGGGCAGUUAGACAGUCACGCACCGCACAACCUAUCCCCACCCUUCUUCAAUGUGGUGGCCGUCAAAGUGGCAGUAGGAUAUAUCAUCGAACAGCAUGUCAUGAGGGAACUUCUGGCUGACAUAGAGGCAC